AUGCACAUGCUUCGCGUUUGUGCAGCCGGCUCCAGGUUGUCUGGACACCCUUGCCUGGGCACUCGGGUAGCUCAGGUUUCCCUUUGGCGUAUGAAACACAGCGGUGGCCAUGGCGGCUACACGGCCAGACCGUCUGGAGCCAAACAGGGCAACAGCCCUACAGAGGACGGCAACCAGGACGGACAAGGUCAUGUGACCAAACAGGUUGCAGACGCUAUCGCUUUUCAACUGCUCCCGUCAGCUUGCGUUUAUGUCUGA